AUGGAAACCGAUUCAAAUAUUGCUGAAAAAGUUAAGAAUACGGGUCGACGAUUACCGAAAUCGGGUCGUUGGUGGAAAGCAGUUCGAAAAGAGAGGUCUUCUGCUAUAAUUAAGGUAAAACCAUUAAAAUCUUCAUGGGAGAGGAAAAUGAAAGAAAAGGCCGAUUCAAUAAAUGUUAAGAAACUUCAAAAUGAAAUCCGUGAAAAACUGGAAGCAGCAAAAGCUGCAAAAAUUGAAAGGAGAAAAGAACAGGAAAAACGUAAAGAAGAAAAUGCAAGGAAAGCCGAAAUCGUACAAGUAAUACGGAACACAAGUAAAAUUAAGCGAUUAAAGAAGAAGCAGUUGAGAUUUAUCGAAAAAAGAGAUACAAAUUCAUUGUAA